AUGAUGCGUACGAUUCCGACUCUGAGGAGUAUGCUGGUUCAUCUACUGACAGUGAUGACAACGACUCCAGCGACGCAUGCAUUGCGCAAAGGCGCGUUUUGUAACAGGGGACAGGUUUUGCACCAGCAAAUGACGUGCCUGUUCUGGAAACACUGUGUGUAUUUUCGGAGAAUAGAUUGGAGUUCUCGCCUGUCGACUUCUGCAAGUGGUAUAGUUCUGUGCGAGCGUGCAACCAUAGCUAAAGUCACUGGCCAGAAAUUCAAACAGGGUUUGGGUUGUUCAAUGCUAAUUGGGGUGAUUGCAUAUUCUUGAAUAUGACUUUUUUGGAAGAAGAGCUUGGCUGUUAGUUCAGUAUCUUGCACAAUAUCACGAAAUCUCUUCUUCUUAUUGCGAUCUAACCUUUGCUGCCAACUUGACAAUGACGUGAGUGAUGACGAUAAGAAAAGGGAGAGACUUUGA